UGCCACUCCCUUUUCCCCAGCGCCUCCGCCACCGUCCUUCCCCUCUCCGCCUCGCCUCUGUCUCCCACCAUGCCGCACGUAGCACGGCGGAGAAGGGCAGGCGAGCCGCCCUCGCCCUCCCCUCGCCCCCGUGUUGGUCCCCUCUGAACCCUCUACCCAACCAAACCGCCGAGAGGGAAAGCGGGCAUGGAUCCGUCGAAGCUAGGUGAGCUGCGGUCGUUUGUGGAGGCGUGCAGGAAGGACCCAGCCCUCGUCUUCUUCCACGACUAUGUCACCUCCCUCGGCGCCACCCUCCCCGCCGCCGCCGCCGCAUCCUCCAAGCCCUAGCCCGCGCCCAAGGCGACCUCCAUGGAUGACAUCGACGAUGAUGACAAGGAAGAGGAGGAGGACGACCAGGACAUGCGCGACCCCACCCCCGAGCCCGACGAGCUUGACGAGGAGAUCGUCGAGUCCGACCUCGAGCUCGACCACGACGGUGUCGUCCAGCCCGACCAUGAUGACGCGCCACAGAAGGGUGACCGGGUGAUUGACGCUGAGGCUACCAUGGUGCUCGUGGUGCCCGACGCCUGCCGCGGUGCGCUCAUCUGCAAAGGAGGGAGCUCAUCAAGAACUAGCAAACUUUGUUGUUUUGCAACUGAAUGAACGCAACUUCAGUUUGUAAUCACCCAGCUUGCUGCUGCGGUGGAUGUCGAUGCCGGCGAGCCUGCAACAUCUUCGAUGAGCUGCAAGACCUAG